UUUGUUUAGCAGGAUUUUCAUGGAUUUGUUUCUUGUUUGAAUUCAAUUUAUUUGUUUCGGUGAAGUGAUUAUGUUUUUGAGUCAAUAUUGUAUCAAAAAUUUUUACUGACUUCCCAAUCCUAAUUCCCUACUACCUAUGACAAAGAACCCCAAAGCAGCAAUCUCAGCUCCAAAGCCUUCUUGGUUCUCCCCAGAAAGGUUGCUGUUAAUCCUGUGUCUGGAUAACUUGAUAAAGAGGGGGGAUUUUAAAUUGAACAACUUUCAAGAUGGUGUUCUAUCAUCUGCGUUUAUGAUUGGUCUUCUCGUGGCCUCACCCAUCUUUGCAUCCUUGGGAAAGAGGCUGAUUGGACUUGGGUUAUCUAUUUGCACAUUUACCACAGCUGGGUGUGGUAGUAUGCUGGUUGGAGUCGGUGAGGCAUCUUUGAUAAGUCUUGCAGCUCCAUUCAUUGAUGACCAUGCCCCUGCAGAUCAGGUGUGUCAUUUAAAGGAUGUAAUUGAUCAAAUCAUUAAGUUUUUUUGGAGUAAUACAGCUAGUCAGAAGAUAGCUAUGGAUACUGCAACUGCUAUGCAGGUUGAGAUUGAAGUGUAAAGGUUGGAGCAGCUCAAGUCAAGUAAGCUCAGAGAUCAUUCUGAAAAAGAAGUUGGAACUGGAGCACAAGCUGUUGGAUGCUCCACCAAACACACUAGGUGCUGCUGCCUUGGCACUACACUAUGCAAGUGUGGGAGAACGUUAGUGGAAAAGUUUCUCUUGAUCGCUACUAUUUGAUUGUAUCAGCUUUUGCUAUCUUUCAAUGUAAUUAGCUAGAAUGCAGCAGCCAUCAAGCUAGCUAGAAUGCCUUCUGGAUACAUGAAUGUAUAGACGAUUGACAAAUGCUAGCUUUUUUGGCAGUUGACAUA